GACAGGCUCAGUGCAGUGCUGGGAAAUUGCUCUCUCCUGAAGCUCUCUGGAAGCGGCCUGAGGCUUUGGUUCUGUCUGACAUAAGGACAUUGUGUUACUGGCAGAGGAACAAUGUUUAGGAACCGAUGGAUUUCCACUUAUAUGGGGAGUGUCCUCUGUCCUGAGGACCCAGGUUUUAACCAAGAAGGACCGUUUCAUCACAGAACUCCGAGGCUUCACCAAAGGAGAACACCCAGUCUUCAGAAGAGCUUUUCCACUGGAGCCUCGAGUGAUUUUGGGAACCGUUCCAAGGAUAUUGAUGCUCAAAUACUUUCCGUCCUUCCUAGAGUGUCAGAGUUAAGAAAACUGUUUGAACCCAGCAGAAAAGUCUUCACAGAAAUGAAGAGGAAGGAAAGAAUUGCAAGGCGCUUGGAAGGCAUUGAAAAUGAAGCACCGCCAAUAAUGUUACAAAACAGACUGUUGGAGGAAGACACACCGAGAUACAUGAGAGCAACAGAUGCGUAUAGUCCACUCAUAGGUCUCAAUAAUGAUGAUGCAGCUUCAGAGUCUUCUAUAGAGGCACAUUCUAGACUAAGAUAUCCCCAACAGCCAGCAGACAAUCUAUCUGAGACCUCCAGUAUUCCAAGUAUGGAUGUACAUGAACAGGAAUCCAAAGCAGAGCGCAUAGCUAGGUACAAAGCAGAACGCAGACGCCAGUUGGCAGAGAAAUACGGACUUCCCUUUGACUCUGAAGCAGAUUCGGAAUAUCAGUCCAGGUACGCGCGUACAAGAAAGGACAGCGAAACCUCGGAGAAGAGUUCUGGAGUGUUCAAAGAUGAUGAAUCUAAAGAUAACAGUUCUGAUUAUUUUUACCGUCCGGAAAGGAGAGUGCGUCCCACAGACAGUAAACACCAUGACAUUAAUGAGAAUUUGAUGACCAGAGAUGCACUGCAGAACCUAGAAAACAAUAACCAGUUCCAUGGCAUCACACAGACAGAUGGCCCAAGUUUAGUAGCUCCGUCCAGGCAAGGGAACUACCUAGGGGAGGCUCCGAGAUCACCAAAGUUUCCUAGAAGGGGUUCCCAGACCUCUCCAAAGCGUCCUUCGUCUCCAACCACUUCCUCUCUAGAAACACAGCAGCAGUCCGAUUCAAGGCAAGGUCCAGAGAAGCAGAAACCAGAGUGGUUCCUUCAGAAAGAUUCCGAUGGGGACACAUCGUCUCUCAUCAGUUGGCCCUCCAGAGUUAAAAUUAGAGAGAGGCUGGUGAGAGAUGAAAACAUGCUCGGGAGUCCACAACCUGAUACAGAGACUUCUAAUCAAAAGCAACAUCACUCUGCUCCGAUCUACCAUGUGCCUUUUCAGUCUGAAAACUCUGCGUUUGAUAGGGUCUAUAAACAGCCAUCUCCUUACCGCCAACCAAUGCACGGCUAUAUCCAGCCAGCCAAUGUUGCUCCUAAACCAAAACUUAUAUCUCGUACUCAAUCUGACAACGUCAUGGUUUCAGCAUUCACUACUUCCUUGAAAAAUCCUCGAGCUGUCAAUGAUGUGAACAUUGAGAAGUCCCGUAAAAUUUAUCCCGGUCUGACCAGCACUAUUCAGCCGUUCAAACUGGGAAAUAGCACUGGAAAACUAUAUCACUCCUUAGAUGAAACCCCAACGUAUAUAUCGCAUGACCACAAGCAACAGCACGAAGAAAGGCUGGAGUCAAAAGAUCAACUGAUGCAUGUUUCACCAAUUAUUCAACCUCCAAAGAGAUCCCCUGAAAUCGUGGGAAAAAGUGAAGUUCCGGUGUAUCAGCAAAGCGAAACGGCUGCACAUCCGUCCAAACCCCAAGGCCAAGCUAAAGAGGUCUCGUCCAUGAAACAUAGGAUGCUUGUACGCUCAAUGUCCGACUCUACCGGCACUCAGAAGAUGGAAGUCUUUAAGAUUAAGGAGUCUGAAGUGCAGGAUGAGAUGGUAUUUUUAGGCACUGAAGAUGAUGCUCAUGUUGCCAAUGAGGAAGCUGGUACGGUCAACACCAAGGUGUCUGUGGCUCAGCUCAGAAGUGCAUAUAUGGAGACGGCAAGCUCAAGCAAAAGAGUUGACCAUGUGCCUAAGGCUGAAAUGCCAAUGUCAGUUGUUGAUUUGGGUGCUGCCAAUGAGCGGGAAAAGGGCCCUCGAAAGCCGAGACUGUAUUUCUCACCCGGUGACAGUAGAAAGACUUCUGAAAGAUUUAGAACUCAACCAGUUACUUCAGCUGAGAGAAAAGAAACGGAUAGGACAACGUUCCAUCCACCAAUGCAAACAGCUGAAGAGGAGGCAACAGUGGAUGAGAGGGCAAAGCUGAGUGUAGCUGCAAAGAGGCUUCUGUUCCGGGAGAUGGAAAAAUCUGUGGACCCCAAAGCCCCUAAACCACGUGCUAGAAACGCUGCCAUCGAGAGGAGGCUUCGUCGGGCGCAAGACAGGUCCCGCACACAGCCCGUCACUACAGAAGAAGUGGUGAUAGCAACAACCAAGCCUAGCCCUGCUGCACACACAGUGACCACACACACUGUAACCUCCAGCAUCUCUAGCCCUUCUGUAACUAAGAGUACUGUGCAACGUAUCAGUUUGCAGGCUUCAGCGCACCAGAAAGCCAUUUCCAAGACGGAGACAGAAGUGAUUAAAGAAACCAAGGUGGAGCAGGAGGAACCAGAAGGGCCAGACUCUUCCUCACUGUCCCUAGCCGAAAAGAUGGCUUUGUUUAAUAAACUUUCACAACCAAUCACAAAGGAAGUGACCACCAGAAGCAGACUGGAUAUCAGGCAGCGGAGGAUGAACGCACGAUACCAGACUCAGCCUGUAACUCUGGUUGAGGUUGAACAGUUUAAGAACGGAGGUGAAAAGAUCGCUCCAUUGUCUCAGACCGUUGUAACAUCUGUGGCUACUCUGACGUCCCGGUCUUCUCCUGUCUACCCCGGGGAUAUGAAUGUCACAAAGUCAUCCAAUUACGAUGAGAGAAUAUCAAGUAUCUCCAGCGCUUCCACUCUGCUUCACACUUCGAUGGAGACAGCAAAUACUACAGAGAGGAGCUCACUGCUUUCAGAGUCUUGGAGCUCUCCACUAGCUGAUAAACUCAGAGAGCCUGAACCAAGGAAGCAGCCACUGUUGGAGAGCAAAGCACUUUCCACAGAGGAGAGCAGCCCGAGAAAGUGUAGUCCUGCUCAGAAGGAAGUCGUCCAUCCCGUGCUGGAUGUGUCAGAGGAGGAGGAAUCCGCCAGCGAGCAGAAGAGGCUUGGGCAUGUUAUCUCAAGUAAGAGCACAGUGGAAUUGCUCAACCCGCAGACACUGUUACAACCUGCUAUGCAGCGAGAGCUGCCAAUAGCCGAAAGCUCCCCGCAGGUAGAGGUGGAUGACAUGAAGCCGGAGUGGAACAAUCUGCACUCAGAAACCAAUGUAUGGAGCAUCAAAGGUGCAACUGCAGAGAUUGUCAAGCCGGCCUCUGAAGCUCUUGGCAGCAGCACAGCGCAGACACUUUCUCACACUUCAACGGCGGCAUCCUACAGACCGCAGGCAGGCGAGCAAGACGAAAGGGAGUUCUGCGAGAGGACGGGCGACAUCUCUCCUCCUGCCACCGACGCCCAAUCACCAGAGGAUAUUGACAUCGACGGCAAAAAAAUGUCUAUUCGUGACAGGCUGGCGCUACUGAAGAAGAGCGGGGAGGAAGACUGGAAGAACAGGAUUAACAAAAAGCAGGAGUACUCCAAAGUGUCUGUCGUAGAGCGAAGCUCACGCGCCCAGCUGCAGGAAAUUGAGCAGUCGCUGACAAAGAAGGGAGAAGGAGAUAAUAAAGAUGAUUAUGUCCACUGUAAUCAGCUGUGGGAACCUGUCUAUGCUUCUGUUUACUCUCCUGCUAUACCUGCUGCCCAUAAAUGCCAGUAUUUCCUUCCUAUAAACCAGGUCAGUAAUGAUAGCAUGAGGGAGUCCAGUCCACUGAUGUUUGCUGAGCGGCAUCCUUGGCGAUGGAAGCAAAGAGUAACUAAUGCCAGUGGGUUGCACAUGAGCAUUGAAGAAAGAAAGCAGCAGAUCACCGUAAGAGAAGAGGCCUGGAAGUCGAAAGGACUAGGUGCUGCCAAUGACUCAACUCAGUUCUCUGUUGCUGGGCGCAUGGUUAAAAAAGGCUUGGCUUCACCUACAGCUCUAACGCCUGUCGCAUCACCUGUGGCUCUAAAACCAAAAUCUACAAAUGCUGUUUCCAAACCUGCCGAAGAAAUUGAGGCCAAGCCUGACCUGCAAUUGGAGUCUGAUAGGAAGUUGGAUAAACUUGAAUCCUUUUUGGGCAGACUGCACAACAAAGUUGGAGGUCUUCAGGACACAACGCUGUCGGUCACCAGUAAAUCUGUGAAAGAAGUGAUGAAGCUGGAUGAUGAGACAUUCUCCAGGUUUUACCGUCCAGUUGAGAUCCCGUCCAGUCCUGUGGACAUCAAUUUUGAUGAUGACUUUGAUAUCCUGUUUAAUUCUGAGGAACCAAAGUUGACUUCCACUGUCGCAGAACACAAGCGCGCAGUUAGACCCAUGCGCAGAGUGCAGGCCUCUGGAAACCCACUACGAAUGCUUGCUGCUCGAGAUGAUCUCCUGCAGGAGUAUACAGAAACCAGGCUGAAUGUCGCCUUUAUGGAGUCCAAAAGAAUGAAAGUGGAAAAAAUGUCUAAGAACUCAAACUUCUCCGAAGUGGCUCUUGCUGGGCUGGCAAGCAAAGAAAACUUCAGCAGUGUCAGUUUACGCAGUGUUAACCUCACAGAACAACACUCAAACAACAGCGCUGUACCCUAUAAGAAGCUUAUGUUAAUACAGAUUAAAGGUCGUAGACAUGUCCAGUCGAGGUUGGUGGAGCCCCGAGCAUCUUCCCUGAACAGUGGUGACUGUUUCCUGCUGAUCACCCCACUCUACUGUUUCCUGUGGGUUGGAGAGUUUGCAAACGUCAUUGAGAAAGCCAAGGCUUCAGAAUUGACCACCAUAAUCCAGACAAAGCGGGAGCUGGGUUGUAGAGCAUCAUACGUACAGACAGUGGAGGAGGGGAUAAACACGCACACUCAUGCUUCACGGGACUUCUGGAAGCUUCUGAGUGGUCAAACAGAAUACCAAGAUGCUGGAACUCCAGAGGAAGAUGAGCGAUAUGAAAAUGCAAUUAUUGAGACAAACUGCAUCUACCGUUUGGUUGAUGAUAAAUUGGUGCCUGUAGAUGAAUUCUGGGGUAAAGUCCCUCGGUGCUCACUUUUACAGUCUAAAGAGGUGCUGGUGUUUGAUUUUGGCAGUGAGGUGUAUGUGUGGCAUGGUAAGGAAGUGACAUUGGCGCAGCGAAAGGUGGCGUUCCAGCUAGCUAAACACCUUUGGAAUGGGCUCUUUGAUUAUGAGAACUGUGAUAUUAAUCCUCUAGAUCCUGGAGAAUGUAAUUCUCUAAUACCAAGAAAAGGAACUGGUCGUCCAGACUGGGCUAUAUUUGGUCGACUGACGGAACAUAAUGAAACAAUUCUGUUCAAAGAAAAGUUCCUGGACUGGACAGAAAUGAAGAAGCCCACAGAGAAGACUUUGUGUGAGGAACUCCCAAAGCAAAAGGCAGAAAAGCAGGAAGAUGUAAAGGGCUAUGACAUCAUGCAGAUGGUGCCGAUCUCCCAGGCGACAGUAGGGACCGUCCUAGAUGGAUUUAAUGUGAGCCGAGGCUCUGGACUUUUAGAAGGAGACGAUGGGAGGCAAUAUGAGAUAACGACCGUCUCAGUCGAUGUCUGGCAUAUUUUGGAAUUUGACUACAGUAGGCUUCCGAAACAAAGUAUCGGUCAGUUCCAUGAAGGGGAUGCGUAUGUGGUGAAAUGGAAGUACUUGGUGAGCACUACAGUUGGACAGCGGCAGAAAACGGAGCAUGUGCGGGUGACUGGAAAGGAAAAGUGUGCAUAUUUCUUCUGGCAGGGCCGCCAUUCUCCAGUGAGUGAGAAAGGCACAUCGGCGCUAAUGACCAUUGAGUUGGAUGAGGAGAGAGGAGCACAGGUCCAAGUGCUUCAGGGGAAGGAGCCGCCAUGUUUCUUGCAGUGUUUCGAGGGAGGAAUGAUUGUACAUGCCGGGAGGAGAGAAGAGGAGGAAGAGAACGCACAAAGUGACUGGAGGUUGUAUUGUGUGCGGGGUGAGGUGCCUCUGGAGGGCAACCUCAUUGAAGUGGCCUGUCACUGCAGCAGCCUAAGAUCCAGGACAUCAAUGAUACUUCUCAAUGUAAAUAAAGCCGUCAUCUAUCUCUGGCAGGGCUGCAAAGCACAACCCCACACGAGGGAAGUGGGGAAGACCGCAGCCAACAAAAUAAAAGAAGAAUGUCCAUUAGAAGCUGGACUGCACAGCAGCAGUAAAGUGACGAUAUAUGAAUGUGAUGAGGGAUCUGAGCCCCUAGGAUUCUGGGAAGCUCUUGGAAGAAGAGACCGCAAAGCAUACGACUGCAUGUUGCAAGAUCCUGGGAAGUUUAACUUUACGCCACGAUUGUUUAGUCUCAGUAGUAGUUCUGGAGAAUUCACAGCGUCUGAAUAUAUGUAUCCAUCCAGACUGACCAGCGUCGUGAACUCAAUGCCGUUCCUACAAGAGGACCUAUACACAACAUCACAGCCAGCUCUGUUCCUCGUUGACAAUCAUCACGAGGUUUACCUCUGGCAAGGCUGGUGGCCUGUGGAAAAUAUAAUCACGGGGUCUGCCCGAAUACGAUGGGACUCGGAUAGGAAGAGUGCAAUGGAGACGGUGUUGCAGUAUUGUAAAGGAAAAAAUGGUAAAAAGCCUCCAAAGUCCUACCUAAUUCAUGCCGGGCUGGAACCACUGACGUUUACAAACAUGUUCCCAUCCUGGGAGCACCGAGAAGACAUCGCCCAGAUCACAGAGCAGGAUGCUGACGUGUCCAAUCAGAUAAUCCUGGUGGAAGAUGUGUUGGCCAAACUGUGCAAAGAGAUUUACCCUCUGGCAGAACUCCUGGCUCGACCACUGCCAGAAGGAGUGGACCCCUUAAAUCUUGAAUUGUAUCUAUGUGAUAAAGAUUUUGAGAUUGCAUUAGAGAUGACCAGAGAGGAUUACAGCAUUUUGCCAUCAUGGAAACAAGUCAAUGUAAAAAAAGCCAAAGGACUUUUCUGAAUGGAAUUUCCCCUCUAGACUUUGACUCCUCUGGCUUGCUGGACGGUGUGCAAUCCCGCUGACCUUCCAGCUGCCUCACCACUAAAGAAACACUGCUGCAUUUUGCACCUGUUGUGUCAUGACAUCUCUCCGUGUUUCGUGUACUGUGUAUCCGCCUAUAGCCUGUGUGGCUCGGACUGUAAACAAAGGGCUUUACCCACCUCACGUGUGAAGUCUGCUCGUCACGCUGCCUGUUGACCUGUGUCUGUCGUAAAUGUAAAUGUAUUAAGAACCUUUCAAAACUCUUCGCAAUUUCUCUGAGGAAUUUCACAAACCUCUACUGUGCACUUAUGCGGAAUGCAGAUAUUCCCUCGCUGCAGACAUAUCGUUUUCCGAUAUUUUGUAAAUGUCUUUGUCCAGUUCCAUAGAUUGUAUUUAUGUAAACACUGUAUUUAACUAUGCAAUAUUAUCACUAUGUAAGAUUUGUGGAUUAUUACACAAACUGUUAAGCUCUAAUGCCAAUCAUGUGCGAACAGCUGACACCUGAAAGUUAUGCAUUUGCGUGUGAUGAAAUUUUUUAUUUUUUUUGUAUCGUGUCCCAUGGCCAUCAUGGGCUCUUCAAACCAUGUUUGUAUGUUCUGCACUCCGCUGUGCCCUCUAGUGGUACAUGAGUAAAAAGGCAGAGAAUGGCCAUCCCCUUAACAAGGAUUAUGCCUCAAUGUGUGCAAAUAUUACAUAAUACUGUGUUCCAGAACAUCAGGUGACCUGCAGGGGCUCUCCCGAGCAAAAAGCACUGCUAGUUACUUCACUUUUUUUUUUUUUUGUGCUUACAUGUUGAACUGAAAGGGUUCUUAUAACAGUGUAUAGUGCCUUGUUUUUGUGUACAGUUUAUAUACAGGAAAAAUAGUCUGCAUUUUGGAAGCAGUUAUUAAAGCAUCAAUAUUUGUACUUAAUAGAAGACAUCUCAAGUUUCUAAUACCUGAUGUAAACUUUAAACAUGUAUUUUGUGAUAUAAGAACAUGAAUUAAAAAAAAAAAAAAUGCUUCAAAA